GUACUAUCAAGUAAAGCGUAUGGUGUUGUUAUAUGAUGCGACUGGCAUUUAUCGACCGAUAUAUAUAUGACUGCAAUCGCUUGCUUUCCAUUUAGUUCGGCCGUGACCAUCUCGUUGACAACAUCUUUCGUUUAUCAAAAUGUUAAAACUCCACGUUGCGAUAUUUGUGCAUUUCGUUAUUUUAAACGCAGUCUAUGACUGCGUAGUGCAAUCAAAUCCAACGAAUCUAGCCAUUAAACUAGAUGCAAAGAAACUGCCAACCUUGAACUUGACAUUUAGUUUGCUUGGAUUAAAACCGCGACAAUCAGACAUUGACUUGUGUUUCAUGAGAACAGAUGAAUUGAUUGGCUACUAUGGAUUUAUAGCCGAAGAGUAUGAUGUAGAAACUGAAGAUGGGUACAUUUUAAAAAUGUUCCGUUGCUACUCGACCAAAUUCGCCGAAGAAGAUCGUUCUCCGAUAUUGCUCAUACCGGGCAUGUAUGAUACCUCUGAUACGUUUUGUCUGAGCCCCCCAGAUGAGUCAUUAGCAUAUUUUUUGGCUGAAAGGAAAUACGAUGUAUUUUUAUACAAUCCACGUGGAAAUAAAUAUAGUCAUGGUCACCGAGAUAAUAAAAGGUUCGAUUCAAGCAAGAAGUAUGGUUUAUAUUGGGCAUUCUCCUGGUUCGAAAUGGGAUAUUACGAUUUACCCGCAGUCAUCGAAGAGAUUUUGAGAAUAACAAAAAGGGAAAAAGUUUCAGCUAUUGGUCAUUCAGAAGGAGGCACAUCACUUUUCGUUCUCUUGAGCACUCGUCCAGAAUUCAAUUCAAUAGUAAAAUUGGCUGUGAGCAUGGCCUCCUUCACCUUUAUGACCAAUAUUGGAUUCCCACUUGAUGUUAUCUUAUUGGCCGUUCAGCUAUUCAAAAAUUUCAGAGAUUUCGAAUUUGCACCAAACACAUUGCCACAGAAAAUUUUAUCGUUACUUAUUUGUACAAUAAUGAAUGGUGCUAUCUGUGAUCAUGGCAUAAAUUUCGUGCUCGGACCAAGUUAUAAUGAACGAAGUAAUACAGCAGUCAGUGUCUGCCAUUACCCGGCCGCGGGAUCUUUCAAUCAGAUAUUGCACUACAGUCAAGGAUAUGUUCACAAGACGUUUGGACCAAUGAUGAAAAUUGGACAAACUACAACACGUAAUUUCGACCUUGGAAAAAUCACAGCUCCGAACGCGUUCCUUUACUCAAGUAAUGAUCCACAUACUGACAAAAAUGAUGUUGGUCUGCUUCGAAAAAGUCUAGCCCACAAUAACCGAACCCAUUUCAAAGACUAUCCCGAUAAAAAUCAUAUAGAUUUCAUCUGGAGCAAAACUGCGUAUGCAACGGUUUAUCCCAAGAUUAUCGAACUUGACGCUCUUUAUACAUGAGAUAACGGAUAGUUUGCACAUUAAUGCUAAUAAAUAAGCAUAGUUUUACCUUUUGGGAAUUAAGUAUUCUCUUAAACGUUCAAUGUCUUUAUUUUUUUACCAAUGUAAUGUAAAAUAAAUUUUUCAUUUUUCUGAAGUUUCUAUAUAAUCUCUAAAAAGAGGGAAAUUUUUUUUUUUCAAAUUAAUUUGAAGCCAUGUUCCAAAUACAUU